UUGAAACAGAAUGAAACUACAGUUUGCACUUUGUUUUGUUAUCUUGGCAGCGAGCAUGGCCAAUGCCUAUGAUGGUGAUGGUCAGCCAGGCUGCAAGACGCAAGAAGAGCUGGAUAUUGGUGUAUUCCGGGAUAACUGGGAUCCUUCAUCCUACUGGAAAUGCGAAACAAUGGACGAGCCCGCCACCAAAGUGCGUUGUCCUACAGAAUCCGGCUUCAUGGAUAGCCUGAAGGACUGCGUCAACUGGGAAGAGUGGCAGUGGGAGAAGCCAGUGGCACCACCCAGCGAGGUAGAUGCGUAAGGAAAGCACAGUUGCCUAAAUGGAAAGCUUAAUGUGGAUUUUAAUUAUUGUCAGUUCAAUUGAAAUAAUUAAAAUAAUAAAACAGCACUUGGCGGUUUAUAU